AACGUAGAUCGCCUUUACCACGUCCGUUCCGAAGCUAUUUGCGAAUUUUUUUUUUAUCAUUUUUAUUUUUUUAACUUGUUUUUUAUUUUAUUUUUUAUCAAUUUUUCAUUUUUUUAAAUUGUCGACGCGUUACCACUUCGUGCGUGCGCGCGUGUGUGUGUGUGCGCAAAAUAAUAUUUUAAUCACUGCUACGACUCCUGACAAGACGGGUCUACCUAAAUAAAUAAUAGAGGAAACGUUUGGAAAUCGGGCAUUUCUCACCCCCGUCUCUGAAAUUCACCACCCACCCACCCACUGGCCGCCGACGUCGCCGCGCGCCGACGACGUCGUCGUUGUCGACGGACGACGAGCCGUCAACCGCGUGCAAAUCGCUCGCCGCCGCUUCAAUUCGCUUCCGUUCGCAGACGCUGGCGCCCCUCACUGGCACAUUGGGCUCGUCGAGACCACGACCAGAUAACUCGCACCGCUCGACCGCUGUGGUAGUAGGUGGUUGCUGCUGCACACUCGCACACACACGCGCGCGCACGACGACGACGACAACGGUUUCACGGUCAUCCGUGCGCUAUGCAAAUGUUUGCAAUUGCACUGUACCGAACAUUGCGAUCAGCAGCUGAUGUCGUCGUCCGUGACUGAUGUCAUUUCCCGCGGUCACUGCGACAUACGCCGUUCAAAUUGAAAUUCGAGUCGAAAACCCUCCCUCGAACGCCACCCUUCUCUCUUAUCAAACCGCCGCCGCGAGACCUGAAAACGCAACGACCGGGGGCCACCUCGAUGCCAUGAACGUAUGACGGAAUCGUCUGUGCCACAGCCUGCUGAUCGGGUCACUGUUAUGUCUUUUUAAAUAUUGUUAAAACAACAAUCUGGAAUGGACCCUCAGCAACAGUUCUGUCUUAAGUGGAAUAGUUUUAGUAGCAACCUUGUGACUGCAUUUGAUAACCUUUUCAAAUCAGAAAGUUUAACUGAUGUAUCUUUGUUUUGUGAAGGUAAAACUUUCAAAGCUCACAAACUAAUUCUGGCAGCAUGCAGUAAACAUUUUCAAGAAAUAUUUGAAGCUACUCCACUAGGAUCAAGUUUAAUUGUCAUACUUGAUGGGACAUCGUCAACAAAUAUGGCAUCGUUACUUGAGUUCAUGUACCGUGGCGAAGUACAAAUAUCUCAAGAAAGGCUCUCUAGUUUUUUAAAGACAGCAGACAAUUUACAGGUUAAAGGCCUGUCAUUCGAGUAUGACAAAUUGUCACUCACAAGUCAGCGUGAACAAGGUAAUAGUGAAAACAAAACAGCAAAUGAUUCUCCAAGACCAAAACAAAAUGGAUCCGCAGAAGCUCAACUUCCCUCUACCUCAUUUAGUCCACUCCCAUAUAUAACAUGUCAUUAUCGUCAAACCACUGUACAUUCUGAACAGCAUCCAUCAUCACCUGAUCCCCAAAGAAAUAAUAAACGAGCGCACCAUAACAAUCCCAACACAACACCAGUUUCCGAUACAUUAGGGGUUCGAGCAUCUGUCUUAAGAGAUGGUUCCAGACCGGAACGUGAAUCUCCUCUUUCUUUGACCUACUCUUCACAUUCAUCAGCGCAUUUGGAAAAUUCUCAUCAGCCCCAAACAAAUAAUUCUGGUCCUGUAGAUGCUACUACUUCAUCACAUCAUUACCGCAAUGUGAAUACUAAUAAUUGUGGAGAAGAUCUGCGAAUUAAAUCUGAACCUACAAUAACGGCGCCAAAUUCUGGGGAAUUUCCACAAAAUACAAAUACAACCAAUGAAUGGAAAACACCAGAUAAUGGGACAACACCACCAUCUCCAUCAAAUCACUCGUGGAAGAUAGAUACAUCUCAUAAAAACGUUGUUUCAACUCUAACUCCUGAUGGUAAAAAAUUACAAUGUCCUUAUUGUGAACGAUUAUAUGGUUAUGAAACAAAUCUUAGAGCUCAUAUAAGACAGAGGCAUCAAGGAAUUCGAGUGCCGUGUCCUUUUUGUGCUCGAACAUUUACAAGGAAUAAUACAGUGAGACGGCACAUCGCCAGAGAACACAAAACAGAAAUUGCAGUGAAAUCAAAUCCAACAUUUCCACAAACUGCAAAUCACAAUCAAUAACUGUUAACAAAUCUACCUCUUUCCCAAAUAUUUUACCCUCCUUAACACUAUAUAUGUAUAUCUACCUCUCCUUAAGCAUUAAUCAUACCACCAGUUGAAUAUAAAAUAGUCUGGUACAUAAGCAAACUGCAGACUAACUGCCUUUAAAGUACAAAUGUAAACCAUAAACACUUCUGCAACUAUUAAGACUGAUGAAGGUGGUGUUAGUUUUUAGGUGAAAAUACAUUUUUAUGACACCGCCUUCAAUGUGAAACUUACCUCAAUGAUUUUUACACGUUAUAUAUUCAAAUAUAACUUAUAAUAUAUUAUUUAUAAUAUUAAAAAUGUUAAUGUUGAUUCUGUGGAUUGCUUAUGUCUCCAUAAGUUAUAGUAAUACGCUGUUAGUUAAGUCAUUAAGCAGCUCUCUUAUCAUUUAUCGUGUAUUGAUAAAAAAAAAAGUGGCUUUGAAUGGUACAUUUUAAUAUAAUUUGUAUUCAUUUUUAUAAGUAAUUGAAUUCAGUUUUUGUUGUUAAUUGUUAGUCUUGUAUUUUAGAAAAUUUGAGCCCUUGUUUAAAAAAAAGGGGGGUUUUUAAUAUAGCCUCGAGGGGAAGGGGGGAUUAUUAGCUUUAUUGUUAAAUAUUGAAGUGGACGAAAAUGGGUUAAUAGCUCAAAAUUAUGCAUAUUUAACAUUGAGGUAAUAAUAACUUCUCAUCUAGUAUUUGAAAAGAUUUUUAUGAAUUUGAUUGUUAUGGUAUUGAAUUAUAAGCAUAAUGCAUUUUUUAAGAAAAAACUUAUUUCAAGUACAUCUGAAUUGAAAACUAUACGCGUGAAUUAACAUUAUAUAAAAUUUUAAUUUAUAAUUAAUAUAUUUACAGCGUGUAAUAAUUCAUUUAUAGUCAGAAUGAUUUCCAAGCAUAAAAAAAAAAUAAGGUAAUAUUAUUAUUAGAAAAUAGAGACAAAGCCUAGAACAAUCUAUUAAUAAAAUAUCAUAUUUUUAGUGUAAUACACUAUUUGUAUUAUCAGUAUGCUUAUUUAUACACUGUUUGUGUAAUUUGUAUUUUGAAUACAUUACACAUAGUGAACAUAUUGAAAAUUAUUAUUGCAUAAUAAAUUGUACCUGAUAAAAAUUUUUAAUUUGAUUCAAGCAUCUUAAAAACAAAAAUGUACCAUUCAUUUUCCAAAAUUUAACCGUUAUGUAAAUUUUUUUUUUUAAUACUAGUCAUAUAAUACUGCUCCACUAGUCACAAUAUAAUCGAAGCCAGAAUUUGUUUUUAUUGUGUUAUUAUGCAUACUUAAAAUAAUUGUGUAUUAUAUAUGUAUACCUUGAUUAUAAAUCCAAAUAGAAAUUUAUUUUUAUAUUUGGAAUCAAUAUUAAAGCGCUUGUCGUUCGCAUACAUCUUUAUAUUAAAAAAUUUGUUUUAGGCAUAUAUUUUUUUCUUGAUUACAUCUUUGUGUAGUCAAUGACACAUUAAAUAAUUCAAUUAAGAUGUCAUCGCUACUUUAAUUAAAUAACUUGUUUCGGCUUAAUGUACAAAUUUUAAAUUAAGUAAAUAUUAUGUUUAAAAAAAAAAAAUUAAAAAAUUAAAAAUUAAAAAAAAAUAUAUUAACAAUAAUAUUAUUGAUAAAGUAUAAAAUGAGGCGAACUGCGGCGGAGACAUAAGUCAAUAAUAUAUACUUACCAUUUCGCCUCGUGUAGUUUUAAUGUAACGAUAGUACAAGUAUUUUUAAUACCACAUGUUAUAGUUUUUAUUAGGUUAAGCUGUUUUAUUAUUUAUUUUGUUAUUUAAACCGUUAAGAAUUUUAUUAUAUGUUUUUGCCUGUUUCAUUACUAAAAACGUAUACUUACAUUUUUUUCGCAGUCACUUUACACACUAAACAAACUGUAAGAUUCAAAAUUUUUUUGCAUAUUUAUUUGUUAUUUUGGUUUGUCUUACACAUGUAAAUUAGUUAGUUGUUAUGUUUAUUUUAUUUUUAUUUUUAAUGUUCCAUUACAUAAUUUCCAACCGUUAAGUUUCACUUAACCUUUUUCUUCUUUAUUUUGUGUAAGAUAUGCCAUUCAUAACAUAUUAUUUUUAUUAUUAUUAUUAUUAUUAUUAUUAUUAUUAUUGUUACAAGCAUUUUAUUAUAUGAUUUAUUAAUAUUUUUUUUUUUUGUUUAGUGAUAAUUGAAACAAAAUGAUUACCGUGUUUGGUACAUAACUCAGAGUACAAUUUGGUGUCUUAAGUAAAGUUUAUUAGUAAAGAAAUAUAUAAUAUUAUUUGGGGAAUUUUUUGCACUAAAAUUAAGGUGCAGACAAUCUGUAAUAAGUUUGUUCAGUAUUCUGUUAUAAAUUAUGACAUUCCACAUUUAGAGUGACGUUAAGUGUUAAUUCUUUAUUGUUGUUAGGUAAACAUCACUUUAAGAAAUUAUAUAGUAAUAUUUUUAAUGAUGACCUAUAGUACAAAUUGACUACCUCCACUUCUGAUAAGGUUUAGAAUAAUUAAAUUAUAUAAAUUAGGCUAAUAUUAUCUAAUUCAUAUCUAUAGAUUUUUGUUUAAGUAAGUUUUAAUAUUAUUUUAACUAUCAUUAUUAUUGUAAUCAAUGUAUAUCAUUGUUUCCUAAUCCAUCUACCUCUUUUUUUUUUAAUAUAUAUUGAAUAUUAAUUAUAUGAUUUUGUAAAGAUAUAGUACAAAACAGUGCAAAGAAUUCCUCUGUUUAUUUUUCUUUCUUUCAUUUUCUAAAUGUACAAAGUUAAUAUUAAUAGUUAAGUAAUAUAGGAUUAUAAUAAAUUGUGUUGUUAUGUUAAUGUUGCUGAUUUGUAGGUAUUUUGUUAGUGUUUGAAUUUAUUCCAUGUGUCACCAUUUUGAGUAAAUAUUUAAUCUAGUAUGUAAGUUUUGCUGUGAUUAUUCUGUUUAUACCAUUUGUAUAGUUUCACUGAAUCAGCCAUUUAUAUUCUUUUUUAAAUGUAUUUAUUAUUUUAUUGUUUACAUUACAAUUGCUUGCAAAUCAAUGUUACACAAUUAAAACACAAGAAAAUAUUUUUAAAAAGAAAAAAACUGUUGCUUAAGUAUGUUAUAAUUUGCAGGUACAUUUUACAAGACUUUUGUAUAUAAUUAUUGUGAGUUACAAAAGAACUUGUUAAAUUGUCAGGGUAUGUUUUGAUUGUAUUAUAUCUUUUCUCUGGUGGAAAUCAUCGUAAAUUAACAAAUUUCUUACAUGGCUGGCUGAUUUAUAAAUUAAUUGAUUAUAAAUUACAAUUUAAUUUUUUUUUUUUUUCAGUGCCAAUUAGUUGUUUGAAUCUAAUAUUUUAUUACAAUCUUUAUAGUAAAUUGCCUUAAAUAAAAUAAUAUUAAAUUAAUUGAAAUGUGUCUAAAACAAUUUUUAAAUUUAUGUCAUUUAUAAAAGACAAAUAUUUUAAAGAUGUAUUAACAAAUUAUAGCUAUAAAUUAUAAAGGAAUAUUUCAUGAAUAAUUUUUGCAAAAUAAUUAUAAUAAUUUGCUGUUUUUGUUUAAUUAAUAAUAUAAUGUGUUGACUUUUUAUUUUGUAUUCAAAAAAAAUUAUGUUUUUAAUUUUAGUUUGUUUUUCUAAGACAGUUAUUACGUAUAAAUAUAUUAUAUGAUAGACCUAUAUCGAUUAGAAAAAUGUAUUUAUUUAAAAAUUAUGCAUUGUCAAUGAUCUGAUAUUAUAAAUAUUAGGUAAAACGUAUAUUACCAUUCUUUAAUUAAAUACUAAAAAUUAUAUUGAAUUUGAAUAUAACAAUAUGUUCUGAUCAAAACAUAA